AUGGACAUAACUUUCUACAUUAUUUUUACAAAAAAUACGACUUUAAAGGUAAUAUUCUGUGGAUCAUAUCUUAAUACAGAUAUAACAUAUCCUAAUAUAGAUAUACCAUAUCUUAAUAAAGAUCUAACAUAUCCUAAUAAAGAUAUAACAUAUCCUAAUAAAGAUCUAACAUAUCCUAAUAAAGAUCUAACAUAUCCUAAUAAAGAUCUAACAUAUCCUAAUAUAGAUAUAACAUAUCCUAAUAAAGAUCUAACAUAUCCUAAUAAAGAUCUAACAUAUCCUAAUAAAGAUCUAACAUAUCCUAAUAAAGAUAUACCAUAUCCUAAUAAAGAUAUACCAUAUCCUAAUAAAGAUCUAACAUAUCCUAAUAAAGAUCUAACAUAUCCUAAUAAAGAUCUAACAUAUCCUAAUAAAGAUAUAACAUAUCCUAAUAAAGAUAUAACAUAUCUUAAUACAGAUAUAACAUAUCCUAAUAAAGAUCUAACAUAUUCUAAUAUAGAUAUAACAUAUCCUAAUAAAGAUCUAACAUAUCUUAAUACAGAUAUAACAUAUCCUAAUAAAGAUCUAACAUAUCCUAAUAAAGAUCUAACAUAUCCUAAUAUAGAUAUAACAUAUCCUAAUAAAGAUCUAACAUAUCCUAAUAAAGAUCUAACAUAUCCUAAUAAAGAUCUAACAUAUCCUAAUAAAGAUCUAACAUAUCCUAAUAAAGAUAUACCAUAUCCUAAUAAAGAUCUAACAUAUCUUAAUACAGAUAUAACAUAUCCUAAUAAAGAUCUAACAUAUCUUCAUAAAGAUAUAACAUAUCCUAAUAAAGAUAUAACAUAUCUUAAUAAAGAUAUACCAUAUCCUAAUAAAGAUCUAACAUAUCCUAAUAUAGAUAUAACAUAUCCUAAUAUAGAUAUAACAUAUCCUAAUAAAGAUCUAACAUAUCCUAAUAAAGAUAUACCAUAUCCUAAUAAAGAUCUAACAUAUCCUAAUAAAGAUCUAACAUAUCCUAAUAAAGAUCUAACAUAUCCUAAUAAAGAUAUACCAUAUCCUAAUAAAGAUCUAACAUAUCCUAAUAAAGAUCUAACAUAUCCUAAUAAAGAUCUAACAUAUCCUAAUAAAGAUCUAACAUAUCUUAAUACAGAUAUAACAUAUCCUAAUAAAGAUAUAACAUAUCCUAAUAAAGAUAUAACAUAUCCUAAUAAAGAUAUAACAUAUAUCAAAUGA